UUCCUUUACAUAUGUUGAUAGGGACCCAGUGAGGGGAUCUAAAAGGUGCUGCACUAGCUUACAACACAACUUGUUUGUCUACCGAAAGGAUGUAAUGUGAUUGUGCUGACCCUUUGACUUUUUCUACAUACCCCUGCAGUAAAUCAGCUUUUACAUUUAGCUCUGCAGUUUAGUGCUUAAAGGGACGUUGUGCACUAGAUUUUUCUUUGCAUAAAUGUUUUGUAGGUGAUCCAUUUAUAUAGCCCAUCUGGGAGUGGUUUUGUAACAAUAUAUAGUUUUGCUUACUUUUUAAUAAAAUGUUUAAUAUCAUUUUCAGACUCCUAAACAAGCCCCAAAGUAUCAGAUGUAGGCUAAAAAGUCUACAGAUUCCUGCUUUCUCCUGUUUGUUUAAUCUGUCUUUUCAUAUGCAUGGGAGGGACAGAGUGUCUGCUUUUCCUGUUUUCACAGUCUCACUGAGUGUCCCAGCCUAACCUCAUCAACAGUACCAAACUUGGAGCUUCUAAGUUGCUAUGACUUGAGCGCCGCCUGAUGACGUGUGCUCCGUUUUGUGCGCCUUCUGUAAUGCACUUGGUGAUUGAGGUUACUGUGAAGAUCACGUACAAUACGCGUCACUGCAUUUUCUCAGUAAAGGAGAAACAUUAUAAGAAUAUCUGACAAAUUCAGUCACGCUGAACAAGACAAUGUCUGACAAGACUGAGAACCAAACCUCAGAGCUUCCUGAUUCACAAAGAGGGCAUCUAGAGGAAAACCCGGGCACUGGGCUAUUAAAUGUGAAGGAAGAGAAUGAGACAGAUGACGUGAAUAGUCAUCAGACUGAAAUACAUUGGUCCCUCCCUGCCGACGCAGAUAACGCUGAUAUAGUGAAAGUUGAGAUAACAGAAGAUCUGUUUAAGUUUGAUCAGGUGAAGACUGAGGAGGAUGAAGUUCCUAUAAAUACGGCUACAGGUGGAUUCACAAACUGCAACAAUCCUUCUCAUGAUCAGCUAGCAGAUGCUUCUUUCAAUCUUUUCCAAAACCAAAUAAGUCAAGUAGGAAAUGUAUGUUCUGAAUGUGGAAAAUGCUUUAACCACAAAUCAGAUCUUAAUAAACAUCUAAAAAUUCAUACAGGAGAGAAGCGAUUUUCAUGUGCUGAAUGUGGGAAAUGUUUUACACAGAAAUCACAUCUUAUUUGCCAUAUGAAAAUUCAUACAGGAGAGAGAGAAUUUUCAUGUUCUAAAUGUGGGAAAUGUUUUACCUUGAAGUCAAAUCUUAUUAAACAUCUGAAAACUCAUACAGGAGAGAGGGGAUUUUCAUGUUCUGAAUGUGGGAAAUGUUUUAAUCUGAAAUCAUCUCUUAUUAGGCAUCAGAAAAUCCAUACAGGGGAGAAAGAAUUUUCGUGUUCUCAAUGUGGGAAAUGUUUUGCUCUGAAAUUAUCUUUUAUUAGGCAUCAAAAAAUUCAUACAGGGGAGAAAGGAUUUCCGUGCUCUGAAUGUGGGAAAUGUUUUGCUCUUAAAACUACUCUUAAUUACCAUAAGAAAAUUCAUACAGGAGAGAACAAGUUUUCAUGUUCUGAGUGUGGGAAAUGUUUUACUUGGAAAUCAGCUCUUAAUAGACAUUUAAAAAUUCAUACAGGAGAGAAUGCAUUGUCAUGGUCUGAAUGUUCUGAGUGUGGGAAAUGUUUUACCACAAAAUCAUAUCUUAUUGACCAUCAGAAGAUUCAUACAGGAGAGAAAGAAUUUUCAUGCUCUGACUGUGGGAAAUGUUUUACUCAGAAAUCAAAUCUUAUUACACAUCAGAACAUUCAUACAGGAGAGAAAGCAUUUUCAUGUUCUGAGUGUGGGAAAUGUUUUACCUGGAAAUCAGCUCUUAAUAGACAUCUAAAAAUUCAUACAGGAGAGAAAGUAUUUUCAUGAUCUAAAUAUUCUGAAUGUAGCAAAUGUUUUAACAUGAAAGGAAAUCUUGUUCAUCAAAAAAAUCAUAUUAAAGCAAUUAGGGGAAAUCAGAGCUUAAAGGAACAGUUUACUCAAAAAAUGUCUCCCCUUUAAUUUGUUUCAAAUUAUUCACUAGAGUGUAUUAAAUUGUUUACAAGUAUUUCCAUUACCCUUAUAUUGGCAUUUAAAAUAGUUUAUUUAGCCUGUGCUAUCCCCCACCCAUCCUGAAAGUUGGCUUCAAGGCCAAGAUGUGUUAACACAGCCAGUAGAAAAAUAAACUCCCAGUGGGUUAUAGAAGAGAUACGGUAAUACAAUGUUAAUUUUUCGUUGAUUUCUCCAAGUAUUGGUGAUUGGCUUAUGGACAGAUAUAAGAUAAAGAAGCAGGUAUAUGUACACAAUGUGAUAAAGUAAUGAGAUCUGAUUAUACCUACAAGCUAAAACCAUUGUAUUAGGUUGUGGCUUUAAAAUACAAAAUGAGCUAAUUCAUAUACACAAAUAAGCCUUUAAAGGGACAAUCUACACCAGAAUUUUUAUUGUUUUAAAAGAUAGAUAAUCCCUUUAUUACCCAUUUCCAAGUUUUGCAUAACCAACACAGUUAUAAUAAUAUACUUUUAACCUCUGUGAUUAUCUUGUAUCUAAGCCUCUGCAAACUGCCCCUUUUUUCAGUUCUUUUAACAGACUUGCAGUCUAGCCAAUCAGUGCCUGCUCCCAGAUAACUUCUCUGGCACGAGCACAGUGUUAUCUGUAUGAAAUAUGUGAACUAACACCCUCUAGUGGUGAAAAACUGUUAAAAUGCAAUCUGAAAGAGGUGGGCUUCAAGGUCUAAGAAAUUAGCAUAUGAACCUUCUAGGUUAAGCUUUCAACUAAGAAUACCAAGAGUACAAAGCAAAAUUGGUGAUAAAAGUAAAUUGGAAAAUUAUUUAAAAUUACAUGCUCUAUCUGAAUCAUGAAAGUUUAUUUUGGCCUAGACUGUCCCUUUUAAAAAAAAAAAAAGCAAAUCUCAUAUAUUUUAUACUCUGCCGCUGGUAAAAGUAAUUUGAAACAUAUUAAGGGAAAGACAAUUGUAUAGUAUACUGUCCCUUUAACCUUUUAAAUGCAGUAGGCAACAUGUAGUCGUUAUCUACACAAUGUCUAGAGCGUAGAUUAUGACUACGUCUUUCUCUGGAGGAGUGCACAUUUGCAGUUGUUUGAGACCUCAAGCACUUAAAGGACCAGUCAAUACAGUAGAUUUGCAUAAUCAACAAAUGCAUGAUAAGAAGACAAUGCAAAAGCACUUAGUCUGAACUUCAAAUGAGUAGUAGAUUUAUAUUAAAUAAAUUGCAAAGUUAAGUAUAUUUCCACCCCCCCCUGUAUCAUGUGACAGCCAUCAGCCAAUCACAAAUGCAUAUACGUAUAUGCUGUGAAUUCUUGCACAUGCUCAGUAGGAGUUGGUGACUCAAAGUGUAAAUAUAAAAAGACUGCACAUUUUGUUAAUUGAAGUAAAUUGGAAAGUUGUUUAAAAUUGCAUGCUGUAUCAGAAUCUUGAAGUUUAAUUUUGACUUGAGUGUCCCAUUAAGGUGGUCCAGUGUGUUUUUAAUCCCCUGGGGGAUCUGGGGUUCAUGUAUAAUUUUAAAUAGUCAAGUGAUUAUGUGGAAUUAAAGAAACAUAAUACUCCUAUGAUGAAUCACUUAAAGUGAUGCAGCAGAACUGUUAAAAUCUGACAAGAAAAUAUCACAUGAGCAUCUCUAUGUAAAAAAUUAAGAUAUUUUACCUCAAAAUGUCUUCAGAUCACCAGAGUAAGUGCAGUUAUACUUUAGCUGUUGUCCAGCUUCAAGUUAAAAAAAAAACAAUAGCCAGUUAGCAUCAGCAGUACUGAGGUAAUGCUUUGCCUUUGCUGUGAUUUCAUGAGAUUUCAGAUAAUUUACUUAAACUGAAUAGGAAAAUAACAUGACCCAGUGCCUGCACAUGACAGAAGCACACUCCCUAGCUUGUCCUGGGACAAGCAUCCUGACUGGCUGCUUAAAGUCUCUUUAGAGUGGAGUGUGAAAAUGUAGGACAUUUUUGGUAAAAUAUCUUCCUUUUUUACUGGUGAUGUUUUCUAGUCAGAUUUUUACAUGCUGCCUCACUUUCAUGUGCUUCAACAUUUGGGUAUCAUGUCCCUUUAAUAAUAUUUUCAUUUAUUUGAGCGGAAGCUCAUGGAAGGGAGCCCCUAUUUGCAGAUCAAAUAUAUAUUCAUAUACCCAAACACUGAGACAGAGUUUCCCUUGCUGGAAUUUUAAUUGGCCCAAACUGCCGAAAGUUAUUUUCUGGAUUAGGAUAGCAGUGGAUACAUAAAAUGCUAAAAUAAAACAAAAACACUUUUUUUUUUUUACUUUUGACAUUCAAUUACUAAUUGUCUGUAGAAAAUCACUGAAACAUUCUCCAUUUAUGCUUAUGUUAGAAAGGUUACUUAAUACUAUUAUAGAUCUACAAAAGUUUUAACUAUGAAGUUAACAAAAAACAACACAUUGUAUUGUUUACAAUUUUUGUUAAUUAAAAUUCUAAUAAAUUCUUUUACACAUUUUA